GCGCUUUUAAAAAAGGCGUGAAAAGACAUGAAGUGUUAACAAACACACCAACUCCCCCUUUGGGGAAUAAAUGAUAAGAGAAUUGACGUUUGUCAGUGAGUGAAUUAGUGUGAAAAAUUGGGUGAAGAAUAUUGGAUUUACAAUUGCAAGAAAAGUGAAAAUUAAUUGAUUAAAAGUGGAAUUAGUGAACUAAGUAUAGUGAAAUCAAAGGAAUUUAAUAUUGUGAACUAAUUUAAUUAUGAAAAAGUGAACUUUAACUAAUCUAUAAAGUGAAUUCAGAGAAAAGUGUGUGGAGAACGUGGUCGCCACGUGGAAGCUGCCAACAAGAAAAAUUUGUCCUCCUCCCCGGACUCUAAUUCUCUACAUCUCAUCUAUCAAGGUAAAUACCCCUACAAUUGGUCACUCGAACCUUUUGGACCCCGACUGGAUAUACAACACUGCUCUACCGCCUACACAACACUGCUCUACCGCCCAUUCAAUCCAGUGAGAAGUAUUCUACAAGAUGCCAGAAAAAUCCUCACGAAGUGCCUUCAUAGGGCAGCUGACGCACAUCAAGGGAGCGUUGAAAACUUUCCUUGAAAACCCUGACGCGCUUAAGGAUGAGUCUGCAUUGUCCACGUUGAUUGGUAAUCGAGAUUCAGUGGAAAGAAUCGAAGCAAAGUACUCUGAGGUGCAAACGAAAAUCAUCAAGCAAGCCAAGCCUGAAGACAAGGCUGCUGAGCAACAAAAACUCACGGACUUCAUUCAGGAGUGCUCUCAGACUCACUUCGAGAUCUCAAAGCUGCUGGCCAAGAUCAACAUGCAAUCAGCUGUUCCUGCCAUGGGUGCGGAAGGCGCUAAGCCCGAAGAAGCUGCAGGGGGUGAACAAUCAGAGGUAACACAAUUGAUGAGACUAAUGUAUGCUCAAUUAAAUGAACAAAAACAGCAACGUUUGGCUGAUCAAAGGCAUUUUGAUUCGAUGUUAAAUUCUCACAAAGAAGACAUUCGUAACCUCAUUGACAAUUCAGUGAGUGGAACCUCAACUCCCAUUUCCUCAAAUGUUGCCCUUCCCCAAGUGGCCAAAUUGGAGCCUCUUCGAGUUCCUGAAUUCAGUGGAAGCUACACAGAGUGGAAGUCAUUUCAGGAUCUGUUCGUCUCAAUAGUUCACAAGAACAAACAGCUUAGUCAGUCGCAGAAAAUGCAUUAUCUCAAAUGUGCAUUGAAGGGGGAGGCACUCUUAACCAUUAGCCAUCUCACAAUCUCUGACGACAACUACAUUGCUGCCUGGGAGAUGAUUCAAGAUCGUUAUGAUGAUAAGUUGAAAAUUGUUAACUGCCACAUCGACAAUUUUCUCAAUCAGCCGUCGAUUUCUGUGCCAAAUGCCACUAAUCUCAGACGUCUUUAUACCACUUCGGCUUCAAUUCUACAAGCACUGGAGGCUUUACGUGUGACAGAGAGAGAUCCUUGGAUUAUUCACUUUAUCAAGGGCAAACUCGACGUUGAAUCUCAAGUGUUAUGGUCUAGGGAAGUAGGAGAUGGAAUUCCAACAUGGAAGGAGUUUGAAUCUUUUCUUGCUAAACGAUGUAAAUCCCAAGAGUUAUGUCCUCCUCAACCAACCAACAGGACAUCUCAUGAAUCCAAACCCAAACCCAAACCACGGUCUGACAAGCCACAUGGUUCGUCAUGUACCGCUUCCGAUGCUCAAGAAACUUGUAGGUUGUGUAAGAAACAUUGUCACAAGUUGUUUCGCUGCAAGGAAUUUCUAGGCAUGUCUCAGCCAAAACGCCUAGAAAGCGCCAAUAAUUUGAAAAUGUGCGUUAAUUGCCUUGCAGACACCCACACACCCUCAGCUUGUUCCUAUCCCACGUGCAAAACUUGUAAUCAACGUCAUAACAAGCUUUUGCAUGAAGCUUUUUGUACAUCAUCCAAGGAUGCGGAGAAGGAGUCACCUUCUGAGUCAAACAUCUCCAAAUCCACCCAUUGUUCGUCAAACACAUCUUCAUUCAAUUACCCAGAAGAUGAAAGUCCAUCCUCGCAAGUUCUUCUCGCAACGGCGCUUGUCAAAGUUUUCAACCGAAACAAUGAGGUUCAUUGGUGUCGUGCACUUCUUGAUGCAGGCUCGCAAAUCAACAUUAUCUCUACCAGAAUGCAACAGAUUUUGCGUUUGCCAGCACACGACACUGAUUUCACGGUUGAAGGCGUUGGAUCAGCAAGACAUGUCGCUCGCCAUCGAGUGGAUCUCUCUAUGCAGCUUGGUGAUGAUGAGAGUCAAGUGGUUUCUAUGAAUUGUUUGGUUUUCAAGAAACCAGCAAGUGAACAGCCUGUUCGCACCAUCGCCAAGGAGUCAUUGCCAAACAUUCCCACACACCUCCAGCUCGCUGACCCGCAUUGGUAUAUUAAACAACCAGUAGAUCUUUUGAUUGGAGGAGAAUAUUUUUGGAAAAUCGUUCAGAAGGAAACACUUCAUCUGGGCGAACGCCAACCAAUUCUCCAACAAAGUGUUUUUGGAUGGUUGACUGUGGGCCCUUGUGAAUUAGGUAUGGAGUUGGAUUCUCCCAGAAAUUGGACUUGCAACACUUCAACGCUGGCUAGCAUUGACAAAACCAUGCGCAAGUUUUUUGAGAUUGAAGACAUAUCUGGACCUAAAACCUCAGCAGUGGAGCACAAGGAAGUAGAGGACUUCUUCGCAGCAACAAUAAGGAGAGAUCCCACUGGCAGGUACAUCACACAGCUCCCCUUCAACGAAAACAUCAAGGAGCUGGGAAAUAAUAGAGGAUCUGCAGUACGGCAAUUACUUCAGUUGGAGAAACGUUUCGCGAAGGACGAGAAGUUGAAACAAGAGUACUCAAAAAUUAUCCAGGAGUACUUAUCGCUCAAUAUCAUCGAAGCCGUACCCUACAAUGAGCUCGAUCUUCCUUCUUACUACUUGCCUCAUCAUGCAGUAGUGAGGGAGCACGCAACCUCAACCAAAGUGCGCAUUGUGUUUAAUGCAGGUGCGAAGUCUCAAAGUGGUCGUAGCCUCAAUGAUUGCUUAAAGGUGGGCCCCGUUGUACAACCCACUUUAGUAACAAUUCUCCUGAGGUUCCGGUUUCAUCCAUAUGCCUUUACUUGUGACAUCGUUAAGAUGUACCUGCAAACACUUCUGGAUCCAAAGAAUCUGGACUUUGUACGGUUUGUGUUCAGGGAUUCUCCGGAUGAACCAAUAAGGGACUUCCGAUUUCGAACAUUGUGCUUCGGAGUCGCAACAUCUCCAUUUCUAGCUACCAGAGCUCUUCUACAACUGGUAAUAGAUGAAGGGGAUGAAUUUCCACUGGCAGCCCAGAUAGUCAGAUCGAACUUCUAUGUUGAUGACUGUCUUGCUUCGGUGCCAGAACUCCACCAGAUCAUUGAACUCAAGAAUCAACUCACCCAGCUCAUGCAACGAGCAGGAUUAUCACUCGCCAAAUUCAAAUCAAAUUGUCCCGAAUUACUUGAAGAAAAUUGCCUCUCACAGGAAUCAUUGGAUUUUGAAAACGAAACUAUGAAGACACUGGGGAUGAUUUGGAACUCAAUUGCAGACACUUUUCAAUUCGAGGUGUCCAGCGUUGACUCUUCAGUUGCCACCAAGAGGACCAUCAUGUCAGUCAUAGCCAGAAUCUUCGAUCCAAUUGGACUAAUAAGUCCUAUUGUCACCAAGGCAAAGAUCAUUCUUCAAGAAGUUUGGAUGUGUGACCGCGCUUGGGAUGAUCCAAUUCCCGAAGAUCUACAAACUGAAUGGGAAAUGUUAAUUCAGGAUUUACCUAACAUUCAAUCACUGAGAAUUCCACGAUGGGCGUCUUCCAUCAAGAAUCCAAAGUCUAGGGAACUUCAUGCAUUUAGUGAUGCUAGUUUUCUAGCAUAUGGAGCUGCAGUUUUCUUGGUCUGUGAAGGUGAAGAUGGCCAACGGUGUUCACGAUUGCUCAUCUCCAAAACCAGAAUUACUCCCCUAAAGGACAGACAGGAAGGAUCCACAAAGAGAAGGGAAUUGACUAUACCCAAGGCGGAAUUACAGGGAGCUCUGAUGGCAGCUCAACUCAUGGAAGUUGCUGUUCAAGCAGUAGGACCUAUUCCGCAGUACUUCUGGACUGACGCAACAAUAGUCCUGCAUCAGAUUUACUCUCCCCAGGAGCGACGUGAAAUCUUCGUCAAAAAUCGUAUUCAGAAAAUUCUUGAAUUGUCUCAACCUCAUCAAUGGCGCCAUGUACGCUCCAAGGACAAUCCAGCUGAUUUGUUGUCACGUGGGACAACGGUAGGUCAACUGAUUGAUUCAACAUUGUGGUGGCAAGGUCCCUCAUAUCUUGUCAAGGAGCCUGAGCAUUGGCCACCUCCAUUUGACCCCAGUAACAACCCCAAGCCCAUUGAUGCUCCUAUGGUUGAGUCCCCCAUUUACUCAGUGAAUGUGGCCACCGAGGAAUCUGAAGAAUUACCUCAACACAUUCACACCACCUUGAUGACGAAAAUCGGAACUUUCGGACGCAUGCAGCGCGUGUUGGCAUGGAUCAUCAGGGCCACACAGCUUUUCAAGUUAAGGCGUCAACGUACUACGCGCCAAACUGUAGUCAAUCGCCCUCACGGUCCCCUAAAAGUGUCUGAAUUGCGUUAUGCUGAAAGGUGUCUAGUGCGAUGGGAACAGGAACAAUAUUUGGAUCCAGUAAUAAGUGCAAUUAAAACUGGAAAGCUUUACACACAACGAAAGUUUAAGCAUAUUUGCAAACUGCGACCAUUCCUAGACAAGGAUAGUAUUCUCAGGGUGGAAGGUCGUACUCAAAAGUCCUAUGAAAGUUACGACUCAAAGCAUCAGAUGAUUCUUCCAGCUGGAAAUUUGUCACGACUCAUUGCUACGCAUGCUCACCAGUACCUUCUUCAUGCUGGACCUCAGCUCCUAGAGGCUCAUCUGAGACAAAAGUAUUGGAUGUUGGGUGGACGAAACAUUUGCCGUUCAGUCUUCCGCAAAUGCAUCAAGUGCUUCAAAGCUAAUCCUCGCACAUCCGAACAGGUUAUGGGUCAGCUUCCAGAGCAUCGCGUGCAACAUGAGCGUCCAUUUUCAGCAGUGGGAGUAGACUUCGCUGGUCCAGUUCUUCUCAAGACUGGCACUAGAAAGGGAACGACAACCAAGGCCUACAUUGCCGUGUUUGUUUGUAUGUCAACUAAGAUGGUUCACUUAGAGCUCGUGAGCUCACUAACAACCGACGCCUUUAUUGCCACGCUAAGGAGAUUUAUAGGACGUCGAGGAUUACCAUCUCAUGUUUAUUCAGACAACGGCAAAACGUUUGUUGGUGCGGAUAAUGACCUUCGCAAGGCAUUCGUAGAUUCAACAGCACAGGAAACAUUCAUCAAUUAUCUCGCUUCUAGAGAGAUUGAAUGGUGCUUUCAACCACCCAAGGCUCCUCAUCAUGGAGGGUUAUGGGAGGCGGCUGUAAAAUCCUGUAAAACUCUCCUCAAACGCAUUCUUGGUCAAGUUGCUCUAAAUUUUGAAGAAAUGCAGACAACGUUAAUCCAAAUUGAAGCUGUUUUAAACAGUCGUCCAAUAAUGGCUCUGGCAACGCAUCCUGAUGACCCUGUCGCUUUAACGCCAGGUAGCUUCAUGUUCCUCGGAUCAACUCCAACCCAACUGCCUGAUCCGGACUUGAGUCAUCUGAACAUGGGGCGUUUGGAUCGUUGGCAGCUUUGUCAAAAACUACAACAAGACUUUGCAAAACGUUGGAAGAAAGAGUAUCUCAAUACUAUGCAAGUGAGAAGCAAAUGGACAAAAACACACGAGAACAUCAAAGUAGGAGACAUUGUUUUGUUCAUGGAGGAUCAAAUACCAUCAACUGCCUGGCCAUUAGGAGUGAUCGAAGAAGUAUUCCCAGGCAAUGAUGGCGCUGUAAGAAAGGUGUCUGUGCGCACCACAAAGGGAAGUUUUGAGCGCCCCAUUACACGUGUGGCACGGCUUCCAAUCGAGGAGGAAUCCUCGAUUCCCGGGGAGUGUACGCGCUUUUAAAAAAGGCGUGAAAAGACAUGAAGUGUUAACAAACACACCAACUCCCCCUUUGGGGAAUAAAUGAUAAGAGAAUUGACGUUUGUCAGUGAGUGAAUUAGUGUGAAAAAUUGGGUGAAGAAUAUUGGAUUUACAAUUGCAAGAAAAGUGAAAAUUAAUUGAUUAAAAGUGGAAUUAGUGAACUAAGUAUAGUGAAAUCAAAGGAAUUUAAUAUUGUGAACUAAUUUAAUUAUGAAAAAGUGAACUUUAACUAAUCUAUAAAGUGAAUUCAGAGAAAAGUGUGUGGAGAACGUGGUCGCCACGUGGAAGCUGCCAACAAGAAAAAUUUGUCCUCCUCCCCGGACUCUAAUUCUCUACAUCUCAUCUAUCAAGGUAAAUACCCCUACAAUUCUCCUGUUCAAGACAAAUUUUCUGAUCAAAAAUUAACUCCUUGAAAAACAUUGCUUCCCUCGAAGCGUCCUCAGGUCCAUAAAGGGGCAUCCUUUGAAGACCCUUUGUGGAUUCAAAAUCUCCCUGUUAACAAGUAGACAAACCAUCCAAAAAUAUAAAAAAAAAUUCCAAGAAAAUAUUUCAAAUGUGACGCAAGACUUUUUUUUAAUUGAACCUCUCAGUAUCGACUUUCUUCAUC